UUUACAUGUGUCGACAUUGUGUCUGUCGCUGGCAUGGCACACGAUGUGGACGCCCUUAGCCGCUCCCGCGUGCACCUGCAUGUCUCGACCGCGACCCCAUGCCACGGCCUUGGCAUUGACACCGCCAACUCAUGCCAGGCCCACCUCUUGAGUGUUCCAUGUCACGCUCGUGCCUGCGCUUGUGCUUGCGCUCGCGCGCCCCAGUGCCUCGAGCCAUUCCACACCCAUGCGUGCCAGCACCUCGACCCAGCUUGCCCGUGCGUGCACUCGUGUCUCAGGCCAGGACACUCUCGCGCACCCACGGAUGUCCCCAACUGCUCACGCACGCUCCCACACGUCCUGUCCGUAACUUCACACCACGGCCCCGGUAUCGACGCCUCCGCUGGCAAGGCCCGCUGCGUCUUGCGCGAUCUACCUUGCGCCUGCGUCCUCGUAUGCUUACAUGUCAUAGUCGCAACCCUGUGUCGCGACACCGACACCUGCGUCCCGCAUGCCCGCGUCCACGCUUGCACUUACGCCCGUGCUCGCGCCUGCCCUCGUGUCUGCGCUCGCACUCCGCUAUGCUGCAUGGCAUGCCCCCUGGACGUUGCACACACCCCUAGUGUGCCCGUGGCUGCAGCUCCGUAUCACGAUGCCCAUGACUUCAGUCCCCGAACUCGCGUGCCGUGACAAAUAGCUAGCUAGUCGUUUUUAAAGACAGUGAGAGUGGUUUCAAAGCUUACAACGCCGCAUGAGGCAGUAGGGCCAAAGAAGCCAAACAUGGUAACGAGUGCAAAGUAGGAACUAUAGAGGAGAAGAAAGAACCAAGCGAGAAAAGUGAACGCUGAUUCUCUAUUAAGAAAAAUAGGGAUGCCAA